UCAGGGGGGGGCACGGCAGCUGAGCACGGACAGACAUCUGGACGGGCUGGUGAGGACAAGUGCGACACCCAAUGCACGUCUGGCUCUCUCAUGGAUAUCUCAGCUGCAGGUUACUCCUUAUCCUUUUAUGAGUUAGACACGUACACGGACUUCAGCGGCUAUGGACGGACGUACAUGAGCAAUUUUAAAGAGCCCGAAGCUUCCUGGGAUAUCACACCUCCUCAUCUCUGGACCAAGGAUCAGGUUUGGCAAUGGCUUCAGUUCUGCUGCGACCAGUACAAGCUGGAUGCCCACUCCAUCCCCUUCCAGAGGUUUAACAUGGAAGGCCAUGAGCUGUGCAGUAUGAGCGAAGACAACUUUAAGGAAAACGGCAUCCACGGCGAGCAGCUGUUUCGUAUUUUGCAGGCCUACCGACUGAAUGAUUUGUCAACCAUCCAAGACCUACAUAUGGAUGACUAUUGUGGACCUGAGAGAUCUGUGGAACCCGUCACACCGAGACCCUGCCCUAAGGUUCCCUUAGAACAAAGAAAGAACUGUACUUCAAACCUCCAGCUUUGGGAAUUUGUACGCAACCUUCUGCUGAAUCCUAACCAGGACAUCUUGGAAUGGGAGGACAAAGAGUCGGGCAUUUUCCGAGUGCUGAAGUCAGAGAAACUGGCACAACGCUGGGGCCAGGCAAAGAGAAAUGGCAGAAUGAACUAUGAGAAGCUCAGUCGAGCCUUAAGACAUUACUAUAAAACUGGCAUUCUAGAGCGGGUCGACAGGAGGCUGGUGUACAAAUUUGGCAAAAAAGCCCACGGAUGGAGGGAAGGCCAAGACAAAGGGCAGUGAGCGGAAUCCAGUUUUACUGAUUGAAAACUGUGAAGGGGGAGAAAAAGAAGACGACGAUGAUGAUGAUGAAGAUGAGAGACCACCGCUCUGCGCUUCCUCCUCUCUCCUCCAGAUGCGCAAUGUGAGCCUUGGACGACCACAUGAAAAAUGUUUUGUUUUUUUUGCUUUUGUUUAUGACAUUGAAAUGUUAUUAUUUUUGUUUGCUACAA